AACGCAUCUUCUAAUUUGCCAAACCUUCUCGCUGGCGCAAACCAAACAACUGAAGAAUCACUUUCUUCUUUCUCCUUUCUCCUCUUCCAUGGGUCUCUGAAACAUCCUUUUGCUGACUUCGAUCUGUCGUUACCUUCACUGAUCCACGCCAUUCUUGUACGUCGAUAUACCCGAAUAUAUAUACGGUUGUAUAUCUCCUUCCCGUACAGCUAUGGCCGCCGUUUCCUCUAACCCUCGCACCGUUGAAGAGAUCUUCAAGGAUUUCACUGCUCGUCGCUCCGCUCUUGUUCGCGCUCUUACCAAAGAUGUGGAUGCUUUUUACUCGCAAUGCGAUCCGGAGAAGGAGAACUUGUGUUUGUACGGACACCCGAAUGAGUCGUGGGAAGUGAAUCUCCCGGCGGAAGAAGUGCCGCCGGAGCUUCCCGAGCCGGCCCUCGGAAUCAAUUUCGCAAGAGACGGAAUGCAGCGAAAGGAUUGGCUUUCCCUAGUUGCAGUCCACAGUGAUUGUUGGUUGCUCUCCGUGUCUUUCUACUUUGGAGCUCGGCUCAAUCGCAAUGAGAGGAAACGUCUGUUUAGCCUGAUCAACGAUCUCCCGACCCUCUUCGAAGUAGUGACCGGAAGAAAGCCCAUCAAAGACAAGCCAAGCAUGGAUUCCGGUAGCAAAUCCAGAAACGGCACCAAGAGAUCAAUAGACGGACAGGCAAAGAGCAACACGAAAUCGAUGGAAGAGAGCUACGAGGACGAAGAAGACGAGCACGGGGACACGUUCUGCGGAAGCUGUGGGGGGAACUACACGAAUGACGAGUUCUGGAUAUGCUGCGACGUUUGUGAGCGCUGGUACCAUGGAAAAUGCGUCAAGAUAACGCCAGCUAAAGCCGAGAGCAUCAAACAGUACAAAUGCCCUUCUUGCUGCUCAAAGAAGGGGAGGCAGUAAAUCUCAAGAACAAACUUCCUCGUCUUUACCAUCCUACCCAUUAUAUAAUAUUAUCGAUUAGAGACAGAAGAAGAAGAAGAAGAAGGUUAGCUUUGAGGAUUUGUAGCAGCGAGAACUGUAUUUGCCGGUUUCUACGUGUAUCUUUGUAGGUCUUAAAAAAACACGUCACGUUAUGUAAGAUUUUGAUUUUCAUAGUUUAAUCAUUUUUUUUA